UGUUUGAACUGCAAACAACCGUUGUGCCCCCCCAACCUAUAACAAUUCCUCCGUUUAAUCAACGAUACUGGACAACGUUGAUUAUUGUCAAGCCCUGAAGAAGGUCCCAACCAAGGACCGAAACGUUGGCGACGACAAAAUAUAAAUCGACGCGUUUUACUGCGACUGCAAGCCGAAACAAUCUCUUUACGUUCCAACCAUCAGUCGUAAAUCCAUAUUUGCAUCUAGCAUGGCACCAAAUGCACAACAUUCAUUUUACGCACGAGUAGGUCAAUUACAUGGGCAAACGGCACUCGAACUGUUCAAAUCCUAUGCCAGCAGUUACACUAAGCUGGGCAACAUGUUGAGUCGAAAGGACUUCCUCAUCAGAUGCCGGAGAGAUGGUUUGAUGCCUGUACACAUCAUCCAUUCUCUCAAAUGUGCCCACGAACUUUUGGCUAAACGAAGUCCACUCCAUAAGAAACUGUCCCGGACACUCACACGCUUACAAAAAGCCAUACUCAACAUCGAAAUCCAAGACACGUUCUACCAAAUCCAACAGCUUCGGGCAGCAAUAGAUCAACUAAAGCGACAAAUCAUGGACAGCACCCCUGCCGAGACCUACAAACAGUACCUCUUCACACAAGAGUUUGCUUUUUACAAGAAUUUCCAACGGAAGACACAACAAACCCACAGGAAAUUCCACCGUAUGCUGAACGACACCGUCGAGGAGACUACCACAACACCAUCUCUCAACGAGAAGGCCAUUUUCAACGCCACCAACAAGCAAAUUCCCCCGGAAACCAACAUCCUGCUAAGUCUGGGACCUAAGUUCGCUCUACCGUACACAGAGCCUAGGGACAUCCCUUAUUUCCACCUGAUCGCAGAUUUGGAAAACAUCUUGACCAGGCAGGAGGACAGAACCGUGCGGGAACGUACAAGAUGCCAAAUUAUCAACGUUAUGCAAAACCACAUCAACAAACGCCCGGCUAUCACCAACACUACCGCGCUGGACAAAUUUUGUUCCCGAUCUGUCUUGGUAACCAGACGGUUCACCAAAACCAACCCCGACAUUAUCAUUACCGAAGCUGACAAAGGGAACAGGACUGUGAUAAUGUACAAAGAAGACUACAACAACAAACUCCUACAGUUGGUCACGGACACUAGCGUGUACCGACCCGUCAAGAACGAUCCCACAUCGAGAAUCCAAACCCACAACAAUGACAUAGCCAAGCGUCUGUUCGAUCUUAAGCUGAUCGACACCCGUACCAAACUGCAGCUCACCAGCUACAAUGCCAUCUGCCCACGGAUUUAUGGUCAACCAAAAGCCCACAAGCCCAACCUGCCGCUACGUCCAGUAGUGCCUAACGUCACAUCUCCCACCUACCACAUGGCCAAGUUCGUCUCGUCCAUACUGCAACGGGGAUUUACCAGCAUUUUCAACGUCAAAGACUCCAGAACAUUUUGCCAAUACGUCAACAACACAUCUGUACCACCGGACCACAUCAUCGUCUCUUUCGACGUGGUGUCGUUGUUUACUAAUAUCCCUAAGUAUUUGGUCACCCACGAUAUAAUAAUGAGCUGGCCAGAAAUAUCCCCGCACACCAACAUCAGUCUGGACAUCUUCUUGGAGAUCGUGGAGUUCCUGAUCGACUCUUCGUAUUUCUGUUUUCAAAACAACUUCUAUACACAAUUGCUAGGCACAGCUAUGGGGAGUCCACUCUCACCAAUACUGGCAGAUAUCACCACAGAGACCCUUCUGUUGGUUGCCACCACAACAGCGAAGAUACCAGUGGACCACAUACGCAAGUACGUUGAUGAUCUGUUCCUGAUACUACACAGGGACCAGGUCGACGACGUAUUCAACCAAUACGACCCACACCUACAGUUUACGUGUGAAGUAGAAAAAGAGGGUAAACUACCUUUCCUGGAUCUACUAGUCAUACGCAACCCGGACAACACGCUUACUACCGAGUGGUAUGCUAAGCCCAUAUCCUCAGGCCGACUACUUAACUUUCACUCCAUGCAUCCGCUGGACCAGAAACUCGGCGUAGUGUCCAACUUUAUAGAUCGUGUGCGCACGUUCAGUACGGCUACCAACGUGGCCCAACAAAAUCAGCUGAUACUACAACAUUUGCGACGCAACGACUACCCUACACACUUGAUACAAUGUCAGAACUGUGAGCAGUGCUACAUUGGGAUGACCACCAACAACCUGCGCCGGCGUAUGUACGGACACCAGUCCUACAUCAACGCCCUGGACAAGAAGCUGCUAGAAGGCACCGUUUCAAUCUGA